UAUUUUUCAACUUGGAUUCAAUAUUGAGUUUAUGAAUAUGAUUAUCUUUGAUUGUGAACUCAGUUGUUUUCAUUCAGCUAAUUGUUGACGGCAAUUUUGUUAAGAGACAUUAUUCAAGUGUUUUGGUCUUUGCUUACAAUUUAAAAUAAUUUUAUAAUUAAGUUUAAUCUUCAAGGAUUGAUUUAUUUGUUCAUUUCAAUGGCUAUUGCGACUCAUGUCUACGAUACUUUUGAUAUUUGUUAUUAUUAAUUUACCAGUAACAAACCGAGUGUAACAACAACUUUCAAACCGGCUUGAAUCAUAUGUCAGUUCACUUUUGACUCCUUUACCAUUCAAAAUGAAACUCUAGUAUUUCAUUAUUUUCAAUUGUUAUUUAAAAUUUCAUGUGACAAAUAUAGAUAUUUUGAUUAGUUAGUGUUGUAAAUAGCUUUAGGCUUAUUUAAAGUCAUCUAAUACAAUUGUUAAAAUGGCCAAGAGCUUGACGGUCACUUAUUUGUUAUGGUUAAUUGGUGGAGUAUUUGGUUUACACCACUUUUACCUUCACCGAGACCGACAUGGUUUUAUCUAUUGGUUAACUUUUGGCGGCUACUUUGGUAUGUCUUGGAUCAGAGAUUUAUGGAGGAUACCUGAAUAUGUGGCUGAUUAUAAUGAAGACAGAGAUUACAUGAAAAAGUUAACUCGCUCUAUGAAAAUUCAAGAUAAACCUGGAAGCGGUAUCAUUCGUCACUGUGGUAAAAUUAUUGUUGCUGAUAUUUUAGGCUAUCUGGCCAUUAGUGCAGUUCCCUAUGAAUUUUUCGCUGACAAUGAAACUCUAUUGUUAUAUGUUUAUGCUGCAAUAGCUCCAUUAGCUUGUUCGCUAGGUAUUCACUUGGUUGGUAAUGUUGGAAGACAUCGGGGCAGUAUUUUGCCACCCUUGAUUGGCGCCUAUCUCACCUCUCCAUUGUACAUAUUUUUUGGUUCCCAUUCAGUUUUCUGGACAUCAUUAAGUGCUUCAAUAUGUUUCUCUAAAUUUUCAAAACGUUGGCGUCGCACUUAUCCAAGAAGACAGCCAUUAGGAAAAAGAAUAAUAAUCUUGACAGUAGCUGGUUUAUUGUAUCUGUCUCUAUAUGCAUCAUGGUUUUACUUCAAUUGUUCAAUUGUGGAGAAACAUGGAGAAGAAAUGAAAGAAGAAACCAUCAAGUGUAGAGAUGCUGCUGUUAACUUCUGGCGGUCCCCUGCUUUUGUUGAUUUCCGUCGAACUUUAGCUGACCUUUGGAGUUUCUAUAAGGUACAUGGCUGGAAAGGUUUGAAAGAAGAGAUUAUAAAAGCUUUUGACCCGCAAGGAGAGGCCAAUGCUUUGAAUGUACUCAAUGUUACACAAAAGGCAUCCCAAGAUGAGAUUACUGCUGCCUACCGAAAAUUGGCUCGUGAGUGGCAUCCUGAUCGUCAUAAAGAUCCAAUUGCUAAGUCUGAAGCUCAGGAGAAAUUUAUUGAAGUCCAACAAGCCUACGAAGUAUUGUCUCGAAUUAAGUUACAAAGAUUGAAACAAAAUAAGAAAGAUCGUGAAACCAUUGAUCCAACUUCAUCACCAUCAUCGGAAACAACACCAACAACGAAUGAUCACUCAAAUGAUAAACAAGAUUUAUAAGAUAUUGUCACCUUUUUACUUGUUGUCUGACAUUUCAAUUUUAUCAUUUCAUCAGUUGGUUUAGCUCUUCGAGACCUAAAUUGCAUUAAACUGUAUCACUGUCAAUGAUUCAUUGAAUUAUAAAUAUCUAUUUAUGAUUUAAAUCUAAAAUCUCAAGGUUUAUCAAUUUUUGUCACAUAAAAAUUAUCUUUUAUUUUCAUUUA